AUGUCUGCACACAGACACGCCAUUGUCUUUGGAGCUACAGGUCCCCUUGGUUGGGCGGUUGUUGAACAGCUGCUCUCCAAUUACCCUACUGAAGGUUCCUUCGAUCAGGUCACCGCUGUCAUAAACCGCCCUCUACCCGAGUCCGAGUUCUUCUGGCCUCGAGACACGCCGAACCGACCUUCUUUGCAGAUCGUGUCAGGGGUGAACCUGAAUGGCACAACCGAAGACCUUGUUAGACAGCUGGAAGGCAAUGUCAAGGGAAUCGAAAAUGUCAGCCAUGUUUUCUCUUUUGUUUUCCAGCAGGUAGGAGAGGACCACAUUCAGGAGCGUGAGGUCAACUGCGGCAUAAUGCAGAGGGUUGUGGAUGCACUCAGGUUGUUGUCACCAGAACUCGAAUCAUUCAUCUACCCUGGAGGCACGAGGGGAUACGGAAUUUAUGUCCCGGGAGGGACAUUUGAGGCACCCCUCAAGGAGUCGAUGGCAGACAACUUCUCAGAAGAGUAUGCCAAGACAGUCGCAUAUCCGUGGUUCAGGAGGAUUCUUACCAAGGCGAGCGAAGGCAAGCCGUGGACAUGGUCAGAAGUGUGCCCUGAUGCAGUCAUUGGCUUCACGCCAAACGGGUCCGGAUUCUCUCUUGCCCUCCACUGGGCACAGUAUCUCUCCCUAUACGCUUACAAUCGCGGACGUGACGGGAAGUCUAAUCUUCCCGUUGAAAUUCCGUUUCCAGGGAGCAAGAGUGGCUAUAAUAGUCUAUUCACUCCCGUAUCUUCUCGCAGUCUUGGUCGCAUCGCUGUUUACGCCUCGUUAAACGGUGAAAAAUGUCAUGGAAAAGUCAUCAACAUAGCGGACAGCACAAGGCCUACCACGUUUAGCGAAAUCUGGCCGUCGCUUGCCAACUGGUUCGGACUAAAAGGCGUAGGUCCUACGGAAUACAGCCAGCCAUCGAAGCCUGGCGAGUAUGUGAAAGGGAACAAGCAGCAUUUUGUGGAAAAGGGGCUCGACAAGGCUACGGUUGCUGACGUCGGUGGUGGGAGCUCUCAACUUGAUAGCGUGGGAUAUUGGCUCUCAUUUGAUCGACAGUUGAGCCUGGAUAGACUUCGGUCAUUGGGGUUCAUGGAAGAAAGAGACCCAAUUGAAGGAUGGCUCGAGGCAUUCAGAAAGUUUAGGGAAGCUGGCAUUAUUAUCUGA